CAAAUUACAGAUUUAUUCAUUGCUAGUGGCAAAUAGUAUUUUGUGGAAACGUAAAAGGACGAUAAAAUGACUGCAAACGGUGACAUACCAGAGUCACUGGAGGAAAUUAAUUUGAAAAUGAAUGCGACAACUGACGAAUCUUUGGAAGCAACAAGGCGUAUGUUACAAUUAUGUGAAGAGAGCAAGGAAGCGGGCAUUAAAACACUUGUAAUGUUGGAUGAUCAAGGAGAGCAGCUCGAACGUGUUGAAGGCGGUUUAGAUACGAUAAAUCAGGAUAUGCGCGAAGCGGAAGAGCAUCUGAAAGGCAUGGAAAAGUGUUGUGGUUUAUGCACGCUUCCAUGUUUCAAGACAGAAGAUUUCGAAAAAAACUCAGAAUAUGCAAAGGCAUGGAAGAAGGAUGACGAUGGAGGUGUAAUUAGUGAUCAACCUCGGAUAACUGUUGGCGAUUCAGGAAUGGGUCCUCAGGGUGGAUAUAUCACACGAAUAACAAACGAUGCGCGUGAAGAUGAAAUGGACGAGAAUGUUCAGCAAGUAUCAACAAUGGUUGGUAAUUUACGUAAUAUGGCAAUUGAUAUGAGCACAGAAGUUAGCAAUCAAAACAGACAGUUGGAUCGUAUACAUGAGAAGACUCAAUCGAAUGAAGUGAGAGUGGAGUCAGCUAAUAAACGAGCAAAUAAACUAAUCACUAAGUAACGUAAGUUUGCAAAAAGUUUAAACUUUAAAAUUUAUUCAAUUUAUGAAGGUUGUUCGUAUUUUAAUAUCCUGUAAAUCGGUGAUAUCGAUUAUGAUAUAGAUUCAAUUCUUGUGAGAAUGUUUUGAAGUGCAGAUCUUCCUAGUUACAUCGUUUCGAAUGAAUUGUAAAAGGAAUAACAGCUGUGGCUUACUCACUUUCACACACAGAACUUAGAAGAAAGUCUAAAUAGAAGCGCUAUGGUUUCAAGGAUUUCUUAUCAAUUCGUUACUGUCCAUCAGUGUCAUCAUUGUACACAUUCCAGUCACUCUUUGUUGUCUUAAAUCUGCAUAUGUCUAUUAAUUAAUCAUUGUCAUGAGCUUUGGAUAGUCUAUGUAACAGACGGUUCUUCUUUAUAAAAUGAUCUUAUCGAUUAGUAGAU